ACUCUUUCCCGCUCAGUUCUUUUUUGAUAGUAGCGCUCUUAGUUUCGGUUAAGCGUUAUUUUUUGUGUAAUUUGUAGUAAAAUCCCAUAGCCAUAAGUACUUUCGUCUCGGAAAUUGUGAAUAUUGUUAGUGUGGCUGUGCCAGACGGCUGUUAAUUAGCAUAUAUAUAUAUUAUAUUGAAUUACAAAUACAACGACAAACACAACACAUACACUCCCCACCAGGCAGCAGAAGCAGCAACAAAUUUUUGUAAACGGUAAAUUAGGAUUGGGGAGAGUUGUGCAUAACGGUGAACCAAUCGCUGCUGACCUCGACCUAGACAACAUAUGUACGUAAAUAAACGUACAUAGUCCACCUGCCAACUGAUUUGUUGUUGCCGGCUGUGGGUUAUUGAUUUUCACUGCCCUUUCCUACGAAGAAGAAGCAAGUGAAUCAGUGCCGUAACGGUUAAUCCCCCUAGCCGGUUACUCCCCAAAAAAAUAUGAACCGCACCAGAAGAAAGGUUGUCCGUCCAAAGAAUCCCUACACCAAGGCGAAUAUCUUCUCACAAUGGAGCUUCUGGUGGAUGCGAGAUCUAUUUAGGCGCGGCCUUCAAGGUCCGUUGACGGACGAGGAGCUCUACCAGCACAGAAAGACACUGGACAGCGAAAGAGUCACAAACAAGUUUGCUGAACUCUGGGACGAUGAGCUCAAACGAAGUAAUCCCAGCGUGGUGCGGAUGAUCCUGCGAGCAUACGGAAAGAUUUUUGUGCCCUUAGGACUGGCCUUUUCCAUUUGCGAAACGAUUUGCAAAUCCCUAAUGCCGUUGUUUCUAGGCGGCCUCGUUGGUUACUUUGCCACUAAUCAGACUGAAAUCAGUGAGCAGGCCGCCUAUCUAUACGCCCUGGGAAUCGUGAUUUGCAUGCUGGUGCCCGUGAUAACAUUCCAUCCCUUUAUCUUUUACAUCUUCCAAGUGGGCACUAAGCUGCGACUGGCUCUGUCUGGUUUAAUCUACAGGAAGUGCCUUCAGGUCUCCAAGAGCAGUAGUAAUGACGGCCUUCGUGGGAGAGCCAUAAACAUAUUGUCCAACGAUCUGGGGCGGUUCGAUGUGGCGCUGUGCUUCCUGCACGACACGUGGAAGGGACCGCUGGAAUCGAUUCUGAUUGGCUACCUCAUGUACCGAGAAAUUGGCAUCUCCUCAGUGAUUGGCGUGUCCUUCAUGCUCAGCUUUAUUCCACUACAGGCGUGGGCCGCCAAGAAGGCAGCCUACUACCGCCAGAUGACGGCCGAGCGAACGGAUUUGAGAGUGAAGCUGAUGAACGAGAUCAUCCAGGGCAUCCAGGUGAUCAAGAUGUACGCGUGGGAGAAGAGCUUCGCCCGCGUCAUUGCCGAGGUGCGUCUCAAGGAAGUUAAAGCCAUUAAGGGAACUGCCUACAUCCACGCGGGUCUAGGAUGCACCUCCAUGAUAUCGCCGUUGUCCGUAUUCCUCGCCCUGUGCUCCUACGUUUACCUCGGGGAUCCGCUCACCGCCAAGAAGGUGUACACCGUAUCCUCCUACUUCAACAUGCUCAACGAUUCCAUGGUGCACUUCUGGCCCCUGUCCAUUACCUUCAUAGCCGAGGCUCUCGUAUCGGCAAAACGUUGCAAGGAGUUCUUGUUGGAUGGAGACAAAGCCGAAGUGCCAAUUAAUUUGGAGGCCAACCAGCAGACUGGCAAGAAUAAGCGAAAGAUCACCAAGCAAGACAAACAAAAGAAUGUGGAGUUGAAUGGAUCUCUGUUGUCCAAUGGCCAGGUGCAGCACAAUCGUCUGAGGGACUAUGAUCCGGAUGCAGAAAGGAAAUGUGUGAUCCUCAAGAACGUAAGUGCCUCAUGGGACACGAGUGAUGGUCACGCCAACUGCGCCAUCGAGAACUUCAGCACGGAAAUCCCAGAUCAAACUCUGACGGCUGUUGUGGGACCCGUGGGAGCGGGCAAGUCCAGCUUCCUGAAUGUACUUCUGGGAGAAGUUGGCAUUGAUAAAGGUGAGGCCAUGGUACAUGGAACGAUUUCCUAUGCCUCACAAGAGCCCUGGGUCUUCGAGGGCACUAUCCGCGACAAUAUUGUCUUUGUGGAGGACUACAACGAGAGAAGGUAUAAGAAAGUGGUGAAGGCGUGUGGGCUGGAGCGCGAUCUGGAGCUACUUCCUCGAGGAGACUUGACAGUGGUUGGAGAGCGGGGUGUGAGUCUCAGUGGUGGACAAAAGGCCAGAGUGAGUUUGGCCCGAGCCGUCUACCGCAAGGCAGACAUUUACCUUCUAGAUGAUCCUCUAUCCGCCGUGGACACCCACGUGGGCAAGCACAUAUUUGAUCGUUGCAUCCGUGAUUUUCUGUCCAAAAAAAUACGAAUCCUCGUCACGCACCAGGUGCAAUACCUUUUCGACGUGGAGCACCUGCUGUUGAUGGGAUCCGGCAAGGUUGUGGCUCAGGGUAGCUACCAGCAGCUACAGAGCUCCCGCCAGUUCCAGUUCCUCGAGCAAACGCAGCAUGACGAAAGUGGCAUUGAUACGCACAGUGUGAGCAGUUUCCUAUCUCGGAGCGAUUCGGAGAAGAGCAUGGAGCACCAUGCUCACAAUCAGCUCCUGCGGCCGGACGAAGAGGUGGAGGAGUUGAACCAAGAACAGCAGUCAGUGGGCUCUGUCAAAUUCCACGUCUAUGCCUCCUAUAUCAAAGCCUUGGACAGUACCUUCCUGUUGGGAAUUAUUGUCGGUCUGUUCCUUGUCGCGAGGGUGAUGCUCACCGGAGUGGAUUACUUCUUGUCACGAUGGGUCAUCUGGGAGGAAAAAGUGGCAGCCAACGCCACUGCUGCUCUGCUGAACGAAAGUGAUCCAAUGCCUGCCAAUGAUACGCUGCCCCUGAAUGCAACAGACACUUCUGCAACGCCCCUUGUAUCUGAAAGUAUUGAGGCCAAUGUGCGCAAGGAACUGGUGCUUUUCUAUGCCAUCAUAUUGGGCACCACGCUGGUGGUAUAUCUCAUACGCACAUUCGGCUUCUUCAAGAUGUGCCUGCGCAUUUCGCUCCACCUUCACGACAAACUCUUCAGAGGAAUUACCCGAGCCAGCAUGUACUUCUUCAAUACGAACUCCUCCGGCCGAAUACUGAAUCGCUUUUCAAAGGACAUACGCACUGUGGAUACGGAUCUCCCGCACACACUCUUGGAUUGUCUGGCCUUUGUCAUUGAUGUAUCCGGUGUCUUGAUCAUUGUGGCUAUAGCCAAUUACUGGCUACUGGUUCCUGCGGGAGUGAUAGUUAUCAUUCUGGGAUGUAUUCGCUAUCUGUAUGUGAACACUAGCCGCAGUGUCAAGCGCUUGGAGUCCAUAUCUCGCAGUCCGGUGUUCUCGCUGACAAACCAAACCUUCCAGGGUCUAACAACCAUUCGCGCUUUGCAGGCUCAAAGCGCCCUGGAGUCGGAGUUCCAUGGAUACCAAAACGCUAACACAUCUGCCUGGUUCCUGUUUCUUUCCUGCACCCGAGCCUUCGCGUUGUGGUCGGACCUGCUGUGUAUUGGAUACAUGGCGGCCGUAACCUUCAGUUUUCUGUUGCUCAAAAACGAAUUCUUUAGCGGCGACGUGGGCCUGGCCAUUCUCCACUCCACCACAAUGACGGGUAUGUGCCAGUGGGGUAUGCGACAAACAGCCGAGUUGGAGAACCAGAUGACCAGCGUCGAGCGAGUAUUGGAGUACACGGAGCAACCUUCAGAGGCGCCCUUGGAAACUGCCGAAAAGUUCAAGCCAAAAACCGAGUGGCCCAGCAAAGGUCGCAUCGAGUUCACGAACUUCAAACUGCGCUACUCACCCAAGGAAGCACCGGUUCUUCGCGAUCUGAACUUCACCAUUGAGCCACGCGAGAAGAUCGGCAUUGUGGGUCGCACUGGUGCCGGAAAGUCUUCAAUUAUUCAGUCUAUCUUCCGCCUGGCCUGCAACGAGGGCAUGAUCCGUAUCGACGAUGUGGAUAUUGAAAACAUAGGCCUGCAUGAUUUGCGAAGCCACAUUUCGAUUAUACCCCAAGAUCCCGUUCUGUUCUCGGGUACGUUGCGAUAUAACCUGGACCCUAUGGACGAGCGCUCAGACGAAGAGAUGUGGAAGGCUCUGGGCGAUGUGGAGCUACGUUCAUAUGUUUCGACACUGAUUGGGGGCUUGAACUGUCGCAUGUACGACGGCGGAUCCAACUUCAGUGUCGGUCAGAGGCAGCUCGUUUGCCUGGCUAGGGCCAUACUGAGACACAACAAAAUCCUGAUCAUGGACGAGGCCACGGCCAAUGUGGAUCCUGAAACGGACAAACUAAUCCAGCGGACAAUUCGCUCCAAAUUCGCUCACUGCACAGUUUUGACAAUAGCCCACCGCUUGCACACCGUGAUGGACAGUGAUCGAGUGCUGGUGAUGGACGCUGGGGAAGCUCGGGAGCUGGGUCAUCCCUAUGAGCUGCUCCAGCGACCCGAUGGAUACCUGCGCCAGUUGGUGGACCACACUGGGGCGGCCACGGCGUAUGCUCUGCAGCAGGCGGCGGAGCAGAGUUACAGUAAACAACUGAUAGGCGAUGGGACGCACGACGAGGAUAUAAACAUCACCCUGGCGAUGGAGGAAAGGGCGGAGUAACCAAACACACAAACACACACAAAACUUAGGGCUUAGAGCAUAAAAACUUAAAGUAUUAUGUACAUAACAGUUAUGUACUUAAAGCUAACCAUUUACCUAUUGCCUUGUACUUACGGGAUAUAUUAUGUAAGCUUAUUUAUCGUUACGAAUUUAUGUGUAUGCAUCUGUUCCACUAGCUUACUAGUGUGUAUGUACUUCAAACGUCUUGUACUUCAUGUGUUCAAAUCGAAGAACGAAUCAAAAGCAAUUCGCGCCGCGCACAAAUCAGAGCAAAUUCAAUCAAACUAAGACAAAUAGUUUAUUUAGGUACUUUUUUAAAAAUAUAUGUAGCUAAUGUAGGAUUACAAAAUCGUACUUAUAGAUACGUACAAUCUCAAUAAAGUGCCUGAGAAUUAUUACUUAUAAAUUGAAAAAAGAAUGCAACGAGUUUUUGUUAUUCAA